UUCAUUUUCCUGGGGAAAUUCGUUUCCUUUCUUUUCCUUUCCUUUCCUUUCCUACGUUUCAAUUCUCAGCGUUUCUCAUCAUACCCGCUUCUUGAUUUGGCCUCCUUGUCCAUCUUUUUCCUGAAACUAUAUGGCAUUGUAGUUCCGCGUAUCAUCGUCUCGCCGGCUUCACGAUCACAAGAACGACCGAGAUUCUAUCCAGCGAUUCGAUGAAUAUGUUUCUCUGGUUCGUCUCGUGAUUCCUAGAAGGUGUGUGUAUGUAUUCAUGCACGCGUCGCUUUAGAUGCUCGGUGAUACGAUUCGGUCUCGCAUUAUCGAUUGAAGUCCGAAGAGAUUUGUGAUCCGUUCAUUUACAAGAGAAGGCCUUGCGAAGGAAGGGGGCUACAUAUGAAUGAUGUCGUUCGACCAUACUCAUAGGGCGACGUCGCUGCCGAGCAAAUCGCCGCCUCUGGCGGAGCGGAUAACCGAUGACCCGGUUACGAUCAAGACGGCCCAGAGCACGGUGACGCUGGCGUACCAAGCCAAUAUCGCCGGGUACUGGCACAACGUCACCAUCAUAUGGUGCAAGAACCUGAUGAACCACUCCCUCAGCAUCACGGUCGACAGCCUGGAGGGCGACUUCCACUACACGUGCAAGAUCGACCUCAAGCCCUGGCAUUUCUGGAGCAAGAAGGGGUACAAGUCGUUCGAGGUCGAGUCGAACCGGGUGGACGUGUACUGGGACCUCCGGUCAGCCAAGUUCUCGGGGAGCCCCGAGCCGUGCAUGGACUAUUACGUGGCCCUCGUCUCCGACGAGGAGGUGGUGUUGCUCCUGGGGGAUUACAAGAAGAAGGCCUACAAGAGGACCAAAUCCAGGCCUGCCCUCGUGGAUGCUGUCUUGUUCUACAAGAAAGAGAAUGUGUUUGGCAGGAAGACAUUUGCCACGAGGGCCAAGUUUGACGAGAGGACGAAAGAGCAUGAAAUCACCGUGGAGAGCACGAGUUUUGGGCACAAAGAGCCAGAGAUGUGGAUCAACAUCGAUGGGGCCGUGGCGAUUCAUGUGAGAAACUUGGAUUGGAAGUUCAGGGGAAACCAGAACAUCUUGGUGAACAAGAAGCCUGUGCAGGUGUUCUGGGAUGUCCAUGACUGGAUGUUCAAGAGCCCCGGCACCGGCCACGGGCUGUUCAUCUUCAAGCCCGGGCUGGUCGAGGCGGAGAGCGACCGGGACGGGAGCAGCCGCGGUGCCAACAGCGACAGCAGCACGGCCAGCAAGUACUACUCGACGCGCACCGGCUCUACCGCCCCGGAUUUUUGCCUCUUCUUGUACGCGUGGAAGGUCGAGUGAGAACGAGACGGGUGACGCAUUUCCCGGCGAUCUUCAUCCUUUCGGACGGAGGCUUCGUUUCGCGUCUCGUCGGCAUCAUUGUGAAACUGGGAAAUGCGCUACGGUUCAUGUAAAAAGAUUUCGUAAUCAUAGAUUUUGUUACUGCGGUAAAGGUAUCUUGGGAAGCAAGAUUUCAUAUGGCAUCUCCCAUCUUCGUUCUUAAUCAUUAUGGCAA